AUGAUGAGAUUGGCUCUGAAAACAAUAAAGGAGAAUCUGGCAAAGAGAUGUUUUGUUGGAGAAGAGGCUGAUUUUAAGGAGCAGACCAGUAUACAUUCUCUGGAAGCUGAUGGAGGAUUGGAAGGACCUACAAAUGGAAAUGAUGAGAUUGGCUCUGAAAACAAUAAAGGAGAAUCUGGCAAAGAGAGUUUUGUUGGAGAAGAGGCUGAUUUUAAGGAGCAGACCAGUGUACAUUCUCUGGAAGCUGAUGGAGGAUUGGAAGGGCCUACAAAUGAUAAAUGUGGAAGUGAAGCAUGUGACGGAGGGAAUAAUUAUGCAGGUGGAAUACCUAAAACAAACAGUGCAUCUGCAUGUGACAAUUCUGGAGGUGCAUUUUCAAAGGUGGUCCAACCUUUACCAGCAGAGAAUCCACAGCUGCUAUUGCGCAGUUCUCCACACAAGGAGUCAAACAAUGAGAGUCCAAGUCAGAAUACAAGCAGCUUACCAGGUGAAAGUGGUGAAACUGGUGAUGAAGAGAAUGAUCGUGAAUUAGAUUUAAAGCAGGCCAAAGCCUUUGCAGAUGGAACACAAGGUGUAGUGCCAGUACCACCAUGUGAUUAUUCUACUGCACAUGCAGGUCCAAAGGAGGUCCAAGGUUCCUUAGAAGAAAAUCUACCACUGCUACUGCGCGAAUCUCCACACAUGAUUGCUGAACAUGAAGGAUAUGAUGAAAACUCUUUGGUAGGAAUGAAUAUUGCAGAUAUUUCAAAGGACGAGAACAUAGACAUUAUGAUUAUGGGCUAUAUAGCUUUACUACUAAAGAUUAAGUUUAGGUGCCUUGUAGGGAUGUUACCUCCAGUAUAUUUGUAUGAAAUCUCGACUGGAGCCACUAGUUCGAUAUCAAAAGUUGAAAGAGGCACAAAUGCUGUGCAGAUACACUACAUAGAAAAUCAUUAUGUAGUAUCUGCACAAUUUAAUGGAACUUUAUAUGUAUAUGACAGUUUAAAGGACGAAAAACAUUUAACUCUGCUGCACCUCCAGUUAAAUCUCUUGUAUGAGGAUGUAGACAUGGCAGAAGUAGAGCAUGUUCAGCUUCAGUCACAAGAGAACACAAGGUUGUGUGGAUGUUUUGCUGCAGCAAAUACCUAUAAACUGCUGAAGCUACAGCAGGAUAAUUCCAUACCUGAACCAACUGAGUUCAUUAUGUCAGAGAUGAGGCCACACCUUCAGUCUUGUUUAGAAGAGGAGAAGAUGCGACCAUUUCCUGAGAUGACAUCCUCCUUACCAAGUACAGAUGAUUCUCUUGCUGAAGUUGGAGAUAUAGAUUUAAGGAGUACUAAUCCUGAUCAGGAAACUGAUCGAAAUGCUCCUGAACAGCUGCCUGUUCUGCCAUUUUUGGAAGAAAAUGAGAGCCAGAAUAUAUGUAGGUUACCCGCUGGAGGUGGUCAAGUCUCCAAGAGGAUUUUUAGCAAUUUGAUUCUGGAUUGUACAACAACAGAGCCUGAUGAGAAAAUUUUGAAAGACUUAGAUACUUAUCUCCAUAGUAAUAAUAUUGUUAUUUCCCGAUGUGUUGCGAUAAACCUGUGUACUACAGGUGUUUCAAACAAAAGCAAAAAUGCAGUUACAGGGUACUUAGAAAGAAGAAAAUUAGAAGGAAAAAAUUAUACACUUAUUCUGAGAAAUGCUUAUUCAUCAGUUUUUAUAUCUGGUUAUCUUGCUUUAAAAGAAGCGAAGGGAAUAGAAUCAUCAUUCGUUAUUACUGAAGGAAAGAAGUGUCGUGUCAUAAGCCCACUCCUUGAUUUAGAUUAUUAUGUUAUGGUUUCAUGGUCAGCUAUAAGCAAGAAUGCUAAAGAUGAAACCUUUCCGUUUGAAUCUUUUAAAGAUAUUGAUGUAAACCAAAACAGAGCACCAGGUGAAAUAACAGGUUCAGUUUAUAUGCCUAGAAAUUCAAAAUUGGGUGAUUUCCUAAAGCACAUUGAUAAGAACAUCACGGCUGUGGUCCUUGUUGAUGGGGAUAACUGUCCAAAAAUCUCUCUAUACUAUCAACCAAAGAAUACUAGUAUGUGCUUCUUGUUUUUUAAUAAAAGAACACUAGAAUGUAACCAGUCAAAAUUCCUUUUUAGUAAGGGUAACAAAAAUGUCAAGAUUGCACCUGUUAGUAUAAAGGAGAAGGAGGCAGCUGAUAAUGACAUUAUCAAAGUUUUGAUGUACUUACAAGUCAAAAAUGAUUAUAAAGUUGAAGAGGUACAAACUAAUAAAGAUAAAAAGUUACAAACUAAUAAAGAUAAAAAGGUACAAAAUAAUAAAGUUGAAGAGGUACAAACUAAUAAAGAUAAAAAGUUACAAACUAAUAAAGAUAAAAAGAUACAAACUAAUAAAGAUGAAGAGGUACAAACUAAUAAAGAUGAAGAAGUACAGACUAAUAAAAAUGAAAAGGUACAAACUAAUAAAGAUAAAAAGUUACAAACUAAUAAAGAUAAAAAGGUACAAAAUAAUAAAGUUGAAGAGGUACAAACUAAUAAAGAUAAAAAGGUACAAACUAAUAAAGAUGAAGAGUUACAAACUAAUAAAGAUAAAAAGGUACAAAAUAAUAAAGUUGAAGAGGUACAAACUAAUAAAGAUAAAAAGUUACAAACUAAUAAAGAUAAAAAGAUACAAACUAAUGAAGAUGAAGAGGUACAAACUAAUAAAAAUGAAGAAGUACAGACUAAUAAAGAUGAAAAGGUACAAACUAAUAAAGAUAAAAAGUUACAAACUAAUAAAGAUAAAAAGUUACAAAUUAAUAAAGAUAAAAAGGUACAAACUAAUGAAGAUAAAGAGGUACAAACUAAUAAAGAUAAAAAGUUACAAAAUAAUAAAGUUGAAGAGGUACAAACUAAUAAAGAUAAAAAGUUACAAAUUAAUAAAGAUAAAAAGGUACAAACUAAUGAAGAUAAAGAGGUACAAACUAAUAAAGAUAAAAAGUUACAAAAUAAUAAAGUUGAAGAGGUACAAACUAAUAAAGAUAAAAAGUUACAAACUAAUAAAGAUAAAAAGGUACAAACUAAUGAAGAUGAAGAGGUACAAACUAAUAAAGAUGAAGAAGUACAGACUAAUAAAUAUGAAAAGGUACAAACUAAUAAAGAUAAAAAGGUACAAAAUAAUAAAGUUGUAGAGGUACAAACUAAUAAAGAUAAAAAGGUACAAAAUAAUAAAGAUGAAAAGGUACAAACUAAUAAAGAUAAAAAGGUACAAAAUAAUAAAGUUGAAGAGGUACAAACUAAUAAAGAUAAAAAGUUACAAACUAAUAAAGAUAAAAAGGUACAAAAUAAUAAAGUUGAAGAGGUACAAACUAAUAAAGAUAAAAAGUUACAAACUAAUAAAGAUAAAAAGAUACAAACUAAUAAAGAUGAAGAGGUACAAACUAAUAAAGAUGAAGAAGUACAGACUAAUAAAAAUGAAAAGGUACAAACUAAUAAAGAUAAAAAGUUACAAACUAAUAAAGAUAAAAAGGUACAAAAUAAUAAAGUUGAAGAGGUACAAACUAAUAAAGAUAAAAAGGUACAAAAUAAUAAAGAUGAAAAGGUACAAACUAAUAAAGAUCAAAAGGUACAAAAUAAUAAAGUUGAAGAGGUACAAACUAAUAAAGAUAAAAAGUUACAAACUAAUAAAGAUAAAAAGGUACAACAUAAUAAAGUUGAAGAGGUACAAACUAAUAAAGAUAAAAAGUUACAAACUAAUAAAGAUAAAAAGGUACAAACUAACGAAGAUGAAGAGGUACAAACUAAUAAAGAUGAAGAGGUACAGACUAAUAAAGAUGAAAAGUUACAAACUAAUAAAGAUAAAAAGGUACAAACUAAUAAAGAUGAAAAGGUACAAACUAAUAAAGAUAAAAAGGUACAAACUAAUGAAGAUGAAGAGGUACAAACUAAUAAAGAUGAAGAAGUACAGACUAAUAAAGAUGAAAAGGUACAAAGUAAUAAAGAUAAAAAUGUACAAAAUAAUAAAGUUGAAGAGAUACAAACUAAUAAAGAUAAAAAGGUACAAAAUAAUAAAGAUGAAAAGGUACAAACUAAUGAAGAUAAAAAGGUACAAAAUAAUAAAGUUGAAGAGGUACAAACUAAUAAAGAUAAAAAGUUACAAACUAAUAAAGAUAAAAAGGUACAAAAUAAUAAAGUUGAAGAGGUACAAACUAAUAAAGAUAAAAAGUUACAAACUAAUAAAGAUAAAAAGGUACAAACUAAUGAAGAUGAAGAGGUACAAACUAAUAAAGAUGAAGAAGUACAGACUGAUAAAGAUGAAAAGGUACAAACUAAUAAAGAUAAAAAGUUACAAAAUAAUAAAGUUGAAGAGGUACAAACUAAUAAAGAUAAAAAGUUACAAAAUAAUAAAGAUGAAAAGGUACAAACUAUUAAAGAUAAAAAGGUACAAAAUAAUAAAGUUGAAGAGGUACAAACUAAUAAAGAUAAAAAGUUACAAACUAAUAAAGAUAAAAAGGUACAAAAUAAUAAAGUUGAAGAGGUACAAACUAAUAAAGAUAAAAAGUUACAAACUAAUAAAGAUAAAAAGGUACAAACUAAUGAAGAUGAAGAGGUACAGACUAAUAAAGAUGAAGAAGUACAAAAUAAUAAAGUUGAAGAGGUACAAACUAAUAAAGAUAAAAAGUUACAAACUAAUAAAGAUAAAAAGGUAAAAACUAACGAAGAUGAAGAGGUACAAACUAAUAAAGAUGAAGAAGUACAGACUAAUAAAGAUGAAAAGGUACAAACUAAUAAAGAUGAAGAGUUACAAACUAAUAAAGAUAAAAAGCAACAAAAUAAUAAAGAUAAAAAGUUACAAACUAAUAAAGAUAAAAAGGUACAAACUAAUGAAGAUGAAGAGGUACAGACUAAUAAAGAUGAAGAGGUACAAACUAAUAAAGAUGAAGAAGUACAGACUAAUAAAGAUGAAAAGGUACAAACUAAUAAAGAUAAAAAGUUACAAAUUAAUAAAGAUAAAAAGUUACAAACUAUUGUAGAUAAAGAGGUACAAACUAAUAAAGAUAAAAAGGUACAAAAUAAUAAAGUUGAAGAGGUACAAACUAAUAAAGAUAAAAAGGUACAAAAUAAUAAAGAUGAAAAGGUACAAACUAAUAAAGAUAAAAAGGUACAAAAUAAUAAAGUUGAAGAGGUACAAACUAAUAAAGAUAAAAAGUUACAAACUAAUAAAGAUAAAAAGGUACAAAAUAAUAAAGUUGAAGAGGUACAAACUAAUAAAGAUAAAAAGUUACAAACUAAUAAAGAUAAAAAGGUACAAACUAACGAAGAUGAAAAGGUACAAACUAAUAAAGAUGAAGAAGUACAGACUAAUAAAGAUGAAAAGGUACAAACUAAUAAAGAUAAAAAGUUACAAACUAAUAAAGAUAAAAAGGUACAAACUAACGAAGAUGAAAAGGUACAAACUAAUAAAGAUGAAGAUGUACAGACUAAUAAAGAUGAAAAGGUACAAACUAAUAAAGAUAAAAAGUUACAAACUAAUAAAGAUAAAAAGGUACAAAAUAAUAAAGUUGAAGAGGUACAAACUAAUAAAGAUAAAAAGUUACAAAAUAAUAAAGAUGAAAAGGUACAAACUAAUGAAGAUGAAGAGGUACAGACUAAUAAAGAUGAAGAAGUACAGACUAAUAAAGAUGAAAAGGUACAAACUAAUAAAGAUAAAAAGUUACAAACUAAUAUAGAUAAAAAGGUACAAACUAACGAAGAUGAAGAGGUACAGACUAAUAAAGAUGAAGAAGUACAGACUAAUAAAGAUGAAAAGGUACAAACUAAUAAAGAUGAAAAGUCACAAAGUAAUAAGGAUAAAAAGGUACAAACUAAUAAGGAUAAAAAGUUACAAACUAAUAAAGAUAAAAAGGUACAAACUAAUAAAGAUGAAGAGGUACUACGUAAUCAAGAUAAAAAGGAACUGUUAUUUGAAACCACCCCUGACAUGAAAAUAAAGAUUAUAAAGCCUAAUGAUUUUGUUCAGUUGAGUACUCUCUUUCAUCUCCCAGAUAAUACUAAACCCACUGUUGUACACUCAGUUGAGCGAGAUACUACUGGUAACUGUCUAUUCUUAGAUGUUAGUUAUGAUGGGAAAAGAUUUACUUUAUGUAAUAUUUAUGGUCCAAAUGCUGACAAACCUAGUUUCUAUUCUGAUGUAUUUAAUCGUAUAGAUACAAUCGGUAAUGAUUCGUACAUUGUUUGUGGAGACUAUAACCUUGUAUUAGAUGUUGACAAAGAUUAUAUGAAUUACACAUCUGUUGAUAAUAAUAGAAAAGCUAGAGAAAAAAUCUGUACAAUUAUAAGGGAACGAUAUUUAGUUGAUACAUUUAGAAUUAUUAAUGGUGAUGAAAAAUGUUUUACUUGGAGGCUGAUGAAUUCUACACAGCAAGGUAGACUUGACUUUUUUCUAACAUCAGAAAACUUGCUGUCAAAAAUUAAGGAGUCUUCUAUUAGAAUCUCUUACCAGUCUGAUCAUUCUGUUGUAUGUUUAGAAUUGGUAUUCAAUGAGAUUGAACAUGAAAGGUUGUAUGAUAUAGAAAAUGACUUAAAAGAUAUUUCUGUUAAGAAGUUGUCUAGAGAAGAAGCAGAUAGUUUAGAAGGUCUAUUAACUUAUAGUGAAAUGCUCAACACCCUGAAAAAAAUGAAAAAUGAAAAGUCUCCAGGUUCAGAUGGAUUUACU